AUGGCCUCCACCUUCUCUUUACUGGUUUCUCUUUUUCUGGCGUUUGUGUUCAUCAGUCCCUCUGUUGCGAGGCAUCACGAUCAUCAUUAUCAUCACCAUCACCAUCGUCACCACAAAGGAUCAAAAAGUGCUGAUUUGAGGAGUAUAUGUGAUGGCACGAUAGAUCCUCAUUACUGUUGGGAUGAUUUGAGUCCCCAUUAUGGUUCUGGAACCAUUGAUGAUUGUUACCCUCUUGCCGAUAAUUCAAUUGACUCGGCAGAAGAGAUCGGUAAACAGAUUCAACAGUUGCUCAGAGACCUAUCACAAAGCACAGAAGAUCAUCAACUGAGAAAACUCUACAAGAAAUGUUCCGGAAGAUAUAAGAAAGCUGUACGUGAUCUAGAACACGCCAAGAAGUACUUGUACUCUGGUCACUAUGAGCACGUAGCCGACGAAGCAGGUCGUGCCUUGGAGGAAGCUGGGGAGUGCAAAGAACGCUAUCCAGAAUAUUCAUAUGGUCAAGGACGCUUUCCAUUCUCUAGUCGUAAUGGUCGCUUUCCAUUUUGGAACAAUGGUGGCUUUCCAGGAUAUCUAAUAGACUCAUCCAGACUCUCCCAACUGAUUCAGGAAUUCGAGCUCCGCUGUAGCAUUUUGAGCAAUGGAGGCCUUAUGGACUCCUUCUAUUAG